AUGUCUUCUAUAUUGCAGACUGUUUCAGCCACAGCUGUAAGAGCGAAAGACGAUGCUGAGAGGGUCGUCGAGGAAUUUCGCGCGAAGAUAAAGCAGGACAUAUCUUUUAUCCCUGAUGCAAGCACACUGGGUGCGGUUGUCGAUGCAAUCAGACACAACGACGCGAUAGACGACAGGAAGAUGCUACUUGAACACGUCUUAGUCCUGUUGUCCCGCUUGCCCCAAGGCGACCUCCUAAAGAAGCUUCAAGAUGCUACCGUAGAGCUGUUAUACCUUGAUCUGCCCCAUCCUCCCGUGACAUACAUCGGGUCCGAACACGCUUUCCGCACGGCCGAUGGAUCCUAUAAUAACAUUGAUAACCCUAAGUUAGGUCAAGCGGGAACCCCGUACUCCAGGAGUGUACAGGACAUACAUCUCCUUCCCACAAGAGUCCUACCUGACCCCGGUCUCGUCUUUGAUGUUCUCUUGAAGAGAGACGGGUUCGUGAAACACCCUGCGGGGCUCUCUAGUCUGUUCUUCUCUUUUGCUGCUCUCGUCAUCCACAGCAUUUUCCGUACAUCCCACCAGAACUAUGAUAUAAACGAGACAUCCUCUUACGUUGAUCUUGCACCGUUAUACGGUAAUAACCAAGACGAACAGAAUAAGGUCAGGGUUCGAGAUGGUCGCGGCCUCCUCCACCCGGACGUCUUCGCGGAGAAUCGUCUCCUACUCCUGCCGCCCGCCACCUCUGUACUGCUGGUCCUCUUCAACCGUAACCACAACUACAUCGCUCGCAAGCUAUUACAAAUCAAUGAAAGAGGGUGGUAUAUUGAUCCUGACACUAUUGACCCUGUCGACACCGAGAAAAAUGCGAAGCUUCUGCAACAGGAAGAAGACAUCUUCCAAACGGCUAGACUCGUCAAUGCUAGCUGGUUUGCGUCGGUUGUCAUGUCAGACUAUUUCAGUAAUAUCCUGGGAUUGGUUCGGGAUGGGAAUACUUGGGUUUUGAAUCCCUUCGAGGACAUCAGGAAAUCAGAUCAUUCCCUCUUCGAGAGAGGAAGAGGCAAUGCCUGCAGCGUUGAAUUUAAUUGUCUCUACAGAUGGCAUGCCACAAUGUCAGUCGCCGAUGAGCAGUAUACCCAGCGGGUGUUUUCUCAGGUGUUUCCCGACAAACCUAUGGAUCAGGUUACCGCCGCCGACUUCAAGGAAGUCGCAAAGAAACAAAACGAUAUGGAUCCUGACUGCUCCCAUUGGACUUUCGGCGGGUUGCAACGGCAAAAAGAUGGUACCUUCAGAGACGAGGAUCUGGCAAACUUCCUGAGAAACUCGACUGAGCAACCCGCUGCUGCCUUCCGCGCUAGAGGCACACCGGAGGUCAUGCGCUUAAAUGAAAUCAUGGGUAUUACCCAAAGUCGUGCUUGGGGCUGUUGCUCACUCAACGACUUUCGAAAGUUCCUCGGGCUCAAACCGUACAGCAGUUUCUUAGAAUGGAACCCCGAUCCAACGAUCGCUGCUGUUGCCGAGAAGCUCUACCAUAGUAUCGACAAUCUAGAGCUCUAUGUAGGUCUUCAGGCAGAGGAAGCUAAACCCGUUGUUGAGGGCGCCGGUCUUUGCCCAGGAUACACCAUCAGCCGAGCAAUUCUGGCCGACGCCAUUGCUUUGACAAGGGGUGACAGGUUCUUCACCGCGGAUUACACGCCGUACGCUUUGACUACUUGGGGCUUCAACGACUGUCAGAGGGAUCCCAAUGGCCCAGGCUUUGGCAGCAUGCUGGGUCGCCUCUUCCUGCGCACGCUUGGGGACCAAUGUCGUCCCAACAGCACGUAUACUUGGUUCCCUCUGAUGACUCCAGAGUCAAUGAAGGACGUUCUGACGAACCUUGGCAAACUCAAUGUAUACGAAUUCGUUAGACCGAGUACGCAAAGGCCGCUGGUUGUCAUUGAUGAUUACAGGAUCGUCAAGGAGAUCUUGAACAAUGACAACUUUGUCGUAGUGGGUGUCGACAGGGCAGCUCCUUUCAUCAAGGGUGAAGGUUUCUUCAUUGCAUCAUCCGACCCGGAGCAAGGGCGCAGGGAGCAGCGGGAGUUCCUCCGCUUCCUCGCUGGCACGCCCGAAUUAGUGCAAGCGGUCACGAAGUACUUCAAUCGCAAAACCGUUGAGCUCAUACGAACGAACACGUAUGGUAACGUCGGCAGCAACACUAAGAACAUUAACAUCGUACGGGAUGUCGUGAGAUAUGCGCCGGUUCAUUGGGUUGCCACAGAGCUGGCUGGGAUUCCCAUCCGGUCCAAGGACCAUCCAGAUGCCCCGUACACUGAACAGCAGCUGUACGACAUAGUCACUGGGAUCUACGAGUAUCUUUUCCUCGACAUCGACCCUGCGAAGGAGUUGACCCUGCAGGAUACUGUAGGAAAGCAGAUGAAGGAACUUCUGGGCCACAUUCACUCAGGUCUGAGUCGCCAGGGGUCUCUUCUGUCCGGCAUAUGGGACACCAUCUCUUCCAUUUUCACUGGCCAGUCCAAUACCGACAAGGGCACUUUCGCGGAACGCUUUUCGACAUCCGGCUGGUCACAGGACAAGAUGGCGAACACGAUACUCGCGGUCCUCAUCGGCUCGACGGUGGAGCUUUCCCAGACGUUGACUCAUGUCAUCAACACGUACCUCGACGAGAAGCAUGCCUCCACGAUACAGCCUUACAGUAGUACCUGGGAUGCCACAGCAGAAUCCGUCGUACAAGCAUUUGCGCGUGAAGCUAUCAGACUCGACCCUCCCUUCGCUGGCGUGUAUCGUGACUGCCGUCGGGGAAAGUCCAUCGGUACUUUGUCGGUCCAAGCCAAGGACCGAGUGUUCCUUGACAUGGAGAAGGCUCACAAGAAUGAUGCCGUCUUCAAGCACUCUGGCGAAGUUAAUCAGAAUCGCCCGAAAGAGUCCUAUCUGAUCGCGGACGGCUCUACAAACUGCCUUGGAGAGGAGCUCACCUUGAAGAUCAUUGCAGAGAUGCUACAAGUUGUCUUCACCCUAGGGAAUGUGCGUCGGGCUCCCGGCAAUUCUGGAGUGCUUCAGAGGCACAGGAACGAAGCCAAUCAGGCAGCGCGGUGGGAGUACCUCAAGGUGGGGGGUGUAACCUUCUGGCCCGACUCUAUGGUCCUACAGUAUGAAUGA